AUGCCAAUCGACAACUGGUCAAGAGGAAUCCGCCGUCGUCUUCUGGUGGAACGGAUCUAUAAAUCUCUUCACCAGACACUUUCAAUCGAAAUGGAAGUAAGCACAAGUGAGCAAUUUGUCAAUUUCUCCUCGACGCCGCCAUUUAGGGUCAAAAACGAGGGCGAACCAAAUAUGCAUGCACAGCUUCGUGAUCUCUCGCAUCAUCAGUCGAGUUCGGAGAUGCUGACAUUGCGAGAGCAACGUCUGAUGGAUGAACUGCUCACGGCACGGCAGGAGUUGGCAUGCCUCCGGCGCUCAAACAGCCUGGUCGAGCCAGAAACUGGCGCAAGCACAAGUUCGACUGGCACCGAUCAACUCUAUCGCCGGCAGUCUCAGAUGACCCGGCAACAGCAUCAACAGCAACAGCAGCAUCAAGAGCGUUUUUCAGCCGGUUCAACCUCUACAACAAUGACAUCCGAUUUCCAUCGGCGCUAUCAAUCGCAGUCUGAUCUUCAUCCAACAGGGUAUCUGAAAGAUUAUACUUUUAUUCACAUACUACUUCAUAUUAGAUAA